CAGAUGCCUGAUCAAAAUCCAGAAGAGAGCCAUAAUAAAUUAUUUCCAGACGGAGACUGGGGCUCCGAUGGCCUGUAACGACACUAUAGAUCCAGUCUGGUAGACAUGUAUCCGACUAGAAUAUCAGCUAAUGUGCAUGGCUAAAAAAAAGAGAGCAGAAACCUUGAAGAAGGUAGAUUAUAAUCGGUAUUGAAAAUCUGCCUUUAGAGGGCAAACUGUAGAGAAAACAGCUCGUUGCCACUAACCGCAGGAUGAUGAUGGAAACCCAACAGCUGACUCUGUGUAACACUGAUGUUUGAACGUUGGGAGGCUGAAGACGGAUUCACAUCUCACCAGGGAAACAUCUUAGCGGCGCCGACCUUUACUUGAAGUAUAUUUAGAGAUGUGGGCUAAUUCAGAACGCCAAGCUGGAAAAACACAUCGAUCAGAGAUGGAAAGCCGGGACUCCGAAACACAAUCCAACUUUCUCCAACUUGCUAAGAAAGAGACUGAAGUGUUUCUUGGGCAGCAGCUGUGGGUGGUUAAAGAAGAGGUUCACAGUGACUGGAGCUCUAGUUUGGACCCGCUUGACUCAAAGCCGCCCCACAUGAAGGAAGACGAGAAGCCUGCUGUGAAAAGUGAAAAAGAAGAAAAACCAAAGUUUUCAGAUUGUAGCUGCAUGAAAACUGAAGACGGGAGAAGAGAACCCCUGAUGCCCAACUUGGCUAAACAGAUGGAAGCAGAACCUGAUGGAGAGGACUGUGGAAGACCAGAACCAGGCCCAAGGCCCAAUAGUUCUUAUCAAGAAAGUGAGAUGACCAUUCACCGUACAGUUAUCCCGGUCGAUCAAGUAUUGGGGAUGAAACAAGAGGUUCCCCACAACUUGAGCUCCUGUUUGCACCAGAAAGACCCAGAGCCCUCCCACAUAAAGGAGGAAGAUGAUGACCUGUGGGUCGGUGAGGAGAGAGAACAACUUAUUGUGAAGAUAGUAGAUGAGGAGAAACUUAGUUUGUUAUCAGAACUUCAUUAUGUCAAACCUGAAGAGAGCAGAGAGACGGACACUCCAAACAAGAUCUCAGCUGUACAGAUAAAACAAGAGCCUGAUGUAGACUGUGAAAGUCCAAAACCAAGCAGGACCUGUCGUUCAGCUACUCAUCUGCAGUCAAAAAAUAAUGAAAAUGCUUCACACUCUUCUAAUACUGAAAACAGUGGGGAGGAUAACAGCUCCGUGACACAUCAAUCAGUGGAUAAGCCUACCAACUCUUCAGUUGAGAAGAAGCGAUCGAGAAAAAAGAAAAACGCUGACACUCAACCGGGAGCCAAAGCUGAAAAGAAAUUAUAUGCUUGUGAAGACUGUGGUAAAACAUUUCCUUAUCAGUGUCAUCUCAAGUCUCAUAUGAGACUCCACACUGGAGAGAAACCGUUUGCUUGUGCAGACUGUGGUAAAACUUUUUACCAGCAAUAUCAACUUAAUUGUCACAUGACAGUCCACACAGGGGAGAAACCAUUUGCUUGUGAUUUUUGUGGUAAAACAUUUCCUUAUCAGUGUCAUCUCAAAUCUCACUUGAGACUGCAUACUGGAGAGAGACCAUAUGCUUGUGGAAAUUGUGGUAAAGCAUUUACAGAACUGAAGGAUCUUAAAAGGCACAUGAGAUGCCAUACAGGAGAGAAACCUUUUCAGUGUGAAGUCUGCUAUAAAAAGUUUAGCCUAAAGGGGGCUCUGAAGCGACACAUGAUGAUUCAUAACGGAGAAAAACCAUUUGCAUGCACUGAUUGUGACAGACACUUCAGAUUUAAUGCUGAUCUUCAAGCACACAUGUUAACCCAUUUAGGAGUAAAACCAUUUGCCUGCGCUUAUUGUAAUGCAAAAUUUACUCGAAAAGGAAGUCUGCUUCUGCAUGUUAGACACCACACUGGUGAGAAUCUACUUACCUGUGAAGUCUGUGAGGAGAAAUUUGUCCGAAAAUGUGAUCUUGACAAUCAUAUGCCAGUUCACUCCAGAGCACAGAAGGUUCCAUCUGGAAAUGAGAAUUUUGUCUGUGAUGAAUGUGGGAAAAAAUUUGUUGAGAAGUCACGCCUAACCAGACACAUGAUUACCCACACAGGAGAGAAACCAUUUAGUUGUGAUGUUUGUAGUGUGAAGUUUUCACGACAAGAACACGUGAAAAGGCACAAAAUGACACGGCACAGUAUGAUAAGAACACGUCAAGAGACACAAAGUUACACAGGAACGCAUGAAGACAGACAACAUUGCAUGAGAAGGUAUGAAGAGACGCAAAACAACACAGGACUGCAUGAAGAGACACAAAACGACACAGGACUGCAUGAAGAGACACAAAACGACACAGGACUGCAUGAAGAGACACAAAACGACACAGGACUGCAUGAAGAGACACAAAAUGACACACCGCAAUACAUGAACAUAUAAAGGGACACAAUCACAGGAACAUAAACAUCUCAAAACACUCAACAUAAUAUAAGAAGACAUGAAGAGACAUAUUCAUAUGUCUCUUCAUUAACUAUGGUCAUGUUUAACCAUGACCAUAGUUAAACAAUAGUUAUGGUUUGACCAUGAGACUGUCAAACCACAGUUUCAUGGUUUCAGAUGGACAUGGUGAUCAUUUGUUGUAGCUCUUUCAUUAAGACUUUAAUGAUGGAUUCAAAUAUUUAGAGGAAAACAUUUUUUUUCUGUUUGAGGAUGAAUGGUGGCCAGACAAAAAGCUGUAUGAUUGAGCUCCUUGAUGGUCUACAGUAGGAGAGAUCCACUAUCCUGCAACUUGGUUGCUUCCCCUCUCCAAUACACCUAAUUCAAAUGGAUCAUUGCAUCAUUUAGGUCUGCUGAGGAAUGGUAACAAGUAUUCAUGUGAUUUAGGUGUGUUGGACGAGGGAUGCAUCUAAAAGUUGCAGGAUAGUAGAUCUCGGGGACUGGAUUUGGGCACACCUUAUCUACAGGGUAAGUUCUUUUUCGUCUGACAGUCUGCUUUUUUUUUGUGCAACAACACUUUAGUUUCUCAGUAAAGACUGAAUUUUGUUGUUGAUAUUUCUAUUGUUAUAUCUCCAAAAUGUUUUGUAAAUAGACUUGGCUUAAAUUUUAUUUUUAUAUCCCUGAAGAAUAACCUGUUGUCUGUCCUCAAAACAUGAAAGUUUAAACUCAAACUGACUUCUUUCUUAAAUGCUGAAUUUGGCUUGUAAUUUAUUGGUAUUCUGUUUUAUACAGUAUUUAUUGAACUUUAUUUUUUCUUGUUGGUGGUUUGAGCAGUCUUUUGUGUAGCAAACUAUAAAGCUGAACUAAUUUUUCUAUGAUCAAGACUGAACUUUGUUGGUACUACUCUAAUUACUAUCAUUUACUGCUAUCUUUAUUGUCAAAUUGAAAUUUAUUUUUAGUCAGUAGAAGAUUUAUCUUAUGUUUGCUCUGUAACAUAAUGACAUAGGUAAACUAAGUUUUCCCUGACAAAUUAAUUUGGUUGGAAACAUUGUCAUUAUUUUGUGAAAUCUCUCUAAGCAUGUUUAGUUUACAUUGUUUUGUUUGAAGUUAAAGACUGAGCUGAUAUCUGUUCUGUAGCAGGUAAGUAUAAACCUCAAUUAACCUCAACUAGGAUUUUUUAAAGUCUUUAACCUGUUGACUUUUAAAGUCGUUUUAGUUCUUAGAAGACUGGGUGCUUGUGGGUUCUGUAGUUAGAACAUUUCACUAAACUCGAGUGCCACUGAUGUGCCUUAGGUUUUGUUUCUGCACAACUAUUCAAUUUUAACAAUCAUUUCAUCCAAUGAGCUCUGUAUUUUUUAUUUUUUAUUUUUGUGCAUCUGGUUUUCCUCUCUCAUUUCAGCCUAUGUGACACUAGACUGAAAUGAAUGCAGGUCCAAGCUAUUUGACCAAGCCGUGCUGCAGAAAACUGUUCUCUGUGUAAGCAUAUUAAACCUUUUAAAAGAA